CGUAGCAGUGUGCGGUUCCGUCGGGUAAAAUCAUAUCUAAUUCUCCGCGACCGGCGAUAAGUUACCUCCUGUACGUCCGUCGGAUGACAUAUUGCCCUCGUCUUGUAGCGAGGGCAUCUUCCUCGCCCAUCCUUUGGCAUAAAAGCCACUGCCUGAUAUGAGGGAGGUAUUCAUCCCCUUUAACUAACAGACCUCAUCUCAUGACAUCCGUCGACGUUCCAGAGCAAGUGUCCUCUGACUAUAUCCCUUUUGCAGAUAAGGCAAAACACUCACCAGAUGCAGCGUUUUUCAAGACUGCUAUCGGCAUUGACAAUGAUGAUGAACUGAAGGCCCAUAUCUUAUCCGUGCAAGAGAAAGCGUGGAAGGUUGCGCCAUGGGGUUGCAUCUAUGUCUUCGGUUUUCUGAGAAUAUCAAUAGUUCACCGACCUGAAUAUCAGGAGAUCAUCAAGAUCGGUCGAGAACGCCAGAAUGCUAUCCUCUUGGACAUCGGGUGCUGCUUGGCUACCGAAUCCAGGCGAGUUGCAGCGGAUGGCUUCCCCGCCCACAACAUCGUUGCAUCUGACCUCAAGCAAGGAUAUCUUGAUCUCAGCCACGUCUUGUUUAGGACAUCCAAGGAGACGUAUCCUGGUCACUUCAUCGCAGGGGACGUCUUCGAUCCUGAGAUGCUUACCAUCGCGCCUCCAGCUCGUGGGCCUGUACCGGAGCCAUUGCCCGAUCUGUCAAGGUUGAUGACGCUCAACUCACUGCGCGGCCACUGUUCCGUCAUCAACGCAUCAGCCUUCUUCUCUUGCUUCUCGGAAGAACAGCAGCUCCUACGAUUGUUGUCUCCCGUACCUGGAUCACUCAUAACCGGCAUACAACCGGGUGCAACUGUCAAAGGUACUCGCCCACACAGUUGUCUAGGCGUCGGGUAUGACAUAUUCUGUCACUCCCCCGAGUCUUGGACGGAGUUGUGGGAUGGGACGGUGUUCGCGAAAGGAGAAGUCAGGGUUAUCGCUCGCUUGAAAGAGGCAUCCUUUCUGGGCAAUGUAAUCCAAGUUCUCGAAUGGUGUGUGACGCGACUGUAGUCUACGCUGGUUUUACAGAAUUGAUAAUCGAGAAAACCUACUAUGUAUCGUAUACGUUCACAACCGAUCUCAUUUCUAACGAGCAAGAUUACUCUACAAGAGAGAUAACACAUAUUACUGAAGGAAAUUCUGCCCGGUUCAAUGGGACUAAAAGCCACAGAAGGUCUCAGACAGUACUCUCAACUAAGUGGGAAGACAUACAUCAGCGACGACGUGCAAACCUACGAGAUGAGUACGGAAAGAUUAUGGAGGGCCACAAGGAAGCUGAUUUGUCUUCGCCAAUAUCAUAGUCAAGCGAAGUGGGAGAUGCUGCUC